UUCUCAGGGGCACAAGAAAGUUUCUUUUUAUAAAUCCUUCUUUGUAUAUUUGGGGGUGUAUUUUGUGUUUCUAAGGAAUAAAUUAAGCUAAGAAAGUGAAAGGAUUAGUGAAAUUAGUUUUCUAUGGUGUUUAUGAAUCAUUUUUAGACCCUGCAUUGGUUAAAACGCCCCCGUUUUUACGUCUGUAAAUACGCUUAAAUUGCAAUUUGCAAUGAUGGAACCCUCGACGGGAGGAAAUUUGCUGGAGGUAAUUGAUCUGGCCCAUUCUCUGCGUCAAGAGCAGCUGUUUGUGUCGAAGGAACAGAACUUCUUUAUCACCAUCAGUAAGGCUCUUCAGGAGAAUGCGUCAGAAGUGUCGGAGCUCGCCUGGAUUUGUGCGCAACAUCGGCUGAAUUUGAGUGAUUUAAUUGUGUCAAAGCCAGAAACGGGUCCCUCAGUAUGUUGCCAAAAGGCCAAUACGUUAGAAAAUAUGAAAUUUAUCAAGGCGUAUCAAGCAAAGGGUCUAAAGUAUCAACAAGUGUUGGCGUACACAAAUCUCUUCAACUACUUGCACAGCUCUCCGUAUCUCCUGGCUCAGUGCUUGGCCAUUGGUAAUCAACUUUCGCGCAAUGUCUUAAGUUGCGAGCAAACAUUCUCCAUUACAAAUACCAUCAUAAGUGGGCUCUAUGGCAAUGCAAUUCAUUCCAAAGAUAUUGAAAUUCUCCUUAAAUUGCUCAAGGAGUUGAUUGACAUUGAGAUUGUGCCGAGUGAGACGCCACGGAGGAUGCUUCGUGCUGGGAGUUGUGCCUUUUCACGACUCUACCAUUGCCUACACGAAAGGAUCUAUUCGGCAAAGUUAUUUCUCACAGCAGCUCUGUACGAGCCAAUAAUGAAGGUUCUUGUGGAGGAUGAAUUUACACUGGAGAUUGAUCCUGCCAAGGCAUCAAUUAACUAUCCACCAAAGGAGAGACUUAAGAAAUUUGGCAAAGAAGGAACUCCGGAGCAUGAGACAAAAAUGAAGCAAUACAUUAGGGAAACAAUUUGUUCCCUCACCAUCCUGACGAAUAGAUUCAUAAAGUCUCUCUCAACGCACUGGGCACUCUUCCCGUCGACGCUCCGGUGGCUUGCUCAGACCAUGUACCUCGCAUUGAAGCGUUCAAAGCUCAGUGAUAAGGAGAUUAAUGUUAUCCUCACGGAUAUGGUCUUCACGAACUUCAUCUGCCCUGCAAUUGUUAGCCCUGAUGUCUAUAGCAUUGCGGAUGCUCCAAUAUCGCAAAAUGCACGCAAUAAUUUAAUAACAAUUGGGCAGAUUCUGCAGAAAUUGGCGCUGAUUGAGCACGAAGAGGUUGAUGUGAAAUUUCACGAAUUGUAUGAUAAAUUUGAUAAGCAAACAAUUACGGGCCUCUUAGCACAGCUAAUGCCAAAGGAUGAGUGUGAUGUGGGAAUAAGUGUAAUUAGUAUGUCGUCGCAUACGAAUGAUCUAUCUCGUGAUAGUGUUCUUGUGACCCAGUACGAGCUGAAUGUGUUUAUAGACUACCUGCGUACUGUCCUGAGUUAUGACGAAUUGAAUAUUUCCGGUGAAGCGAGGCGGAAGUUGGGAAAUAUUCUGGAACAGCUGCCAGAUAAAUGGGAGACAAUCAUAAAUGGGGAUUCAGUACAACACACCGCCGCAAGUGGGGCAUCGACAAAGAGUAUAAUUAAUUUGAGGAAGAAUAUUGAGAGUAAAUUGGCAAAAACAAUGAAUCUCAGCGUGAAUUCCGAUGGAACUCAUGCGGCCAAUGCAAUGGCGAAUAGCAGUGGGGAAGGAGAUGAUUUUGCCAAUGUUCUCGUGAUUCCCGUGUCUUUUGACGGGGAUAAUACAGUGCAAAUGCUCACGGAGGAAGAGGUGCUAAAUAUGAAUACAAUUUCAAAGGAUAUUCAGGAACCUUUAAUGCUUGAGAAGGGCAUGGAAGAUAUGAAUCAUCUUGGUGAGAAUGCAAAUCAGAGCGAUGAAGUUCUCUGCAGCAAUCAUUCGAAGCAUUUGAGGUACUCAAUAUCCCACGAUGAUGCCUCAAUUGGGAACACGUCGGAUAAUUUGGAGGCUGUUAGUGAGGCCCCGAGUAAUCAUUCAAUGGCCAGUUCUCUUGAACUUGAGGAAAAUGAUCAAAAUGACAAUCUUUCGGACAUGGUGUCGGCAAAUGUUUCAGGACGUGGAACACCCAAUAUCUCGGGGAGAGACACUCCAUCGUCGCAGGUGACUGAAGGGGAAAAUCGUCCACAGCAAAUUCCAACGCCACAAAUGGCGAAGAUUAUCAACAAAGCUCGAUCGGAUAUUGAGGAUAAAUUUUGUAAGUUUGAAAUUAAGAAACUCAUCGAGGGUGAUGAGACAAUCUCCAUUAUAUCGGACACCUGGAGUACAGAUGUCCUUGCCAGUGAUUCCGAAACAAUUGGUGAUGCUGAACGUGAUAGGAAUUUCUCAACACCCCUCAUCCCAUCGGCUGUUAUCCUUCCGGGUGAUAAUAACUUUGAUGUCCUGUCCAAUGCAACGUCCGCGCAAAUGAGGCAGAAUAACAUGGAUGAGACACAAUCGGAAUCAGCAUGGAGUAUGGAUGUGCUGGCGAGUGAUUCGGAGAAGAUGACAGAGGUGGAUACGGAUGACAAUCAGAGUAUUGCAGCAAAGUCUGACAUUACGGAUGCUGGGCGAUCUGAUGCAGGAGAUCUUCGUGAAGGGGAUGCAAAUCGUGCACCAGAUUCGCCAUUCUUCAAUCCAAGGAAUGCAAAUGCGUCAUGCAGACAAAUGGAUUCCCCAAGUCAUGGAGCUAAGCUGCAGGAUUCGGUUUUCUUCUCACUAGCUCGUGGUGGGGAAGCAGCUGCUGCGGCUGAGACAGAUGGGGGGGAGUUUGAGCAGAAGCACGUAUCGUCAGGUACAAAAGGACAUCGGGAUCAAAAUCGCAAUCUCUUCACGUCAAGCCUUGAAAAUGCUGGUGCUAUGGGUGGAGGAAGUCAACCAAACAAUACUCAAUACCACGGGAAAUCCUCAUCCAGUCAACACUCCUCCCGAUCAAUGCGUCAAAGCUCUUCAAAAAGCAAUUCUAGUUCAAAUUUUGAUCAAGAUCAAGACAAUGGGAAGUCAGAUUUUUCCUACAGGAAGCAAAAUAAGGAAUUCGUGGAUUCCAUUGCGCACCUGAGUGUCUUCAAGUCAGCUGACAAUGCCUUGGAUCGUUUCAAUGAGGAUCAAAAUGAGAAUUCGAUAAAAACUUCCGAAUACAGCAAUAUGUCCUACCAUGAUGUUUAUCGCAGCUCCCAGGAUUGCGUUGUGAAGACAAGUACCAACAUCCUCAAUCCAUUUUGUCGGGAAAAUCAAUCAGGGGAUGCAAAUGGGUUUGAGGAGCAUUUUAGUGAGGAACUUGUGGAGCACAGGAGGAUGUCGUCAGAGCAGAGAAAUGCCUCAUUCGAUGGGAGACGCAAUGGGAUGAUAAGUCUUCCACCUCCAACAUCCAAUAUCACCACAAAGAGGCAACAAUGCUAUACGUAUGAAAAUCACGAAAUCAUCCGGGCAACGCAGAGUCUCCGGCUGUCGGAUACAGAGAAUAAUCAUGAGAGUAGUGAGAUGGAUGUGGAGAAGUUCAAUGGGGCAACAAAUGCCAAUGAGGGCUUCCUGAAUGUCCUCCAGAAGACUCAAUCACUAAAUAUUGGAACGUCGACAACAAAUGGGAAUAUCCUGCCCAAUGGAACGGUAACAAAGUCAGGGAAAUUCACAGGAGCCAUCCCCAAGAGCAUAAGUUUCGAUGAAUCAGCCGAUAAGAAAAAUCUCAAUGCUCGUCACACAGAAUCUCGCUUAAAUAGUUCUGGAUUCUUCAAUAAAAUCAAGCGUGGCUUUAAGAAUCGUCGAAGUCACAAGCAUACCAAUGGCCCUGAUGGGUUUCUCAGUGAACACUCCCAGCAAGAAGAUGAUCUUAUCACGCAGGUUGAUAGCACUGAGAGUGGGGAGUUUAGACAGUCGGAAUUUUUGGAAACAACUGAAGACAUUCUGGCAAAGUAUCGUCGAAAGGCAUCAUCAUCGAGUGAAGCCACAAAUUCCGAUUCAACGGGAAGUCACAAUUCCAGCAAAAGUCGGAGUUCACACGAGGGGAGUCUCCCGAAGGUGCUACUAAAUCGGAAUGGAGAUCCCUUUUUCUACUUUACAAACGCAAAAAGGAAACUUCGAACUGUUCUAUCAACAGCUGACCUCCAAACGGCGGACUUUAAGCACAGUACGUGCGGAAAAUCUUCCCCGAUUGUGCUGUAUUUGCAAAUUCAACUAGCCCAGGCGCGUAAUUUGAAUAAUCCCCAGCAAAUUGCCUUUGUAUCCGAGGCCUUACGGUAUCUCUCUGAAAUGGAUAUAGUGCAGCAUAGGAAGUUAAUUGAGGAACUGCAGGAGGAUCUGCUAAAGCGUCAAACGUAUCUGCAGUAUUUAGUGAGAUUCCGCCAGAAUCUCCUUUCAACACUCGAUCGCCAAGAUCGCCUCAAGGAGCGUUUGAAGAAUGAACGUUUUGUCUGCAUGCGGCACCUCGUGAAGACACUCGUGAAUAUGUUUUUGGACAAGAGGGAGACACUCAUUGCGGAGCUACAGAGUGAAUUUGUCGAAUUGACGGUUGUUGAUGAGAAAAUUUACCUUUUGGAUCAAUUUAUCAACAAACUAAUGGAUGAACUGAGUUCAGGAUAUAAUUCUAUUGGGAUGAAUGAGUGGCAAUUGGAAGAGGCACGCAUUUGCAUUGAGAGGAAUCUCCUACAGAGACUCUAUCGUCAAGUAAUGUUCCCCAAUGAUGAUGGGGAUAUAGCACGAGAUCAGGUUCUUCGUGAACAUAUCCGAAAGCUGUCGCGUUUGGUAACACCGACGCAUGAUAAACUUCGCAUUCCACAUGAGUACCUCAUUGAGGCACCCUGGCCUUUUGCUCAACAGGAAAUUGCCCAUAUUUCGGCAUACAAGACGCCCAUAGAGAAGGUGCAGUGCAUUGUGAGAUGUAUAAAAAGCAUAAUGAAUAUUCUUUCAAUGGUAUCGGAUCGAGUGCCUUCAGCUGAUGAUCUGACUCCUGUGUUAAUUUACGUUAUCAUUAAGGCAAAUCCUCCUUAUCUUCUAUCAACCAUGCAGUACGUGAACUGUUUCUUGGGUGACAAGCUCACAGGUGAGAAUCAGUACUGGUGGACACAGUUCUGCUCAGCUGUUACGUUUAUAAAGACGCUGGAUUACUGAAUUAGCAUCCUAUCAACUCUACAACAUCUUUACUAUAUUUAUAAUUAUAAAUUUUAAAACUCAAUUUCUAAAUAACUUCUUAAUAUAUUACUAAAAAGCAAAAAAAAAAGUUAAACUGAAAUGGGAGUGUCGAUUUAUUCAUAAUCUUUAUGUAACGUGGUACAACGUUUACAUGUAGGUAGUUAUUCAUAAAUCAAACUAAAGACACAAUAAAAAAUAAAGAUAUAAUUUAUUUUUCUAAAAAUUAAUAAAAAAAUAAUCAAUUAAAGUUUUUUUUUCUUCAUACAGAUUUAGAGUAGUUUUAAGGGUAAAAAAAAGAAUGAAUAAACAGCUAAAUAGGGAAUUACUUUAUGUGUAGUUUAAUAACAAUUUUUUUGAGGGUGGUUUAAUUUUUACAAUUUGAUCCCUAAAAAAAAGAACAAUAAAAUUCUACAAGUUUAUAAAAAAAUGUAUACAAAAGGAUUUCUCGAAAGGUUUUUUUUUAGUGAAGUUUAUUUCUUAUCUACAGCAUGUUAUGGUGCUCUAAAAAAUUAUACAUUCUGUAUUUUAAAAUUUAGCUGUAAUGAGGUAAAAAACUUAAGUCUGGAUAUUGUAUGAAAUGUAAAGAUUGUAGGAUUAAAGAACUUAUAUAACACCAA